AUGCCCAAGCCAAGAUCCUUGCUUCUCCACCUCCUCCUAAUCGCCAGCUGCAUUGCCAAUGCCGCCGGCGCCGAUGAUGCCCCGUCGCAGGAGCCAGGAGCCCACCACACCGUCCUCGUCGUUCCAGGAAGAAUGGCAGCUCCUCCAUGCGAGCAUCGGCGUCUCGGCGAUGCACAUGCUGCUGCUGCCGGGGACUUCGUCCUGAUGUUCGACCGCACCGACACGGGGCCCUCCAACAUCUCGCUGGCCGCGCUGGCGCCGUGCGCGGCAACCGCCGACCGCACGGCUCACUCGGUGCUCCUGGACCUCCGCUCCAACGUGCUGCACCCGUACCCGCUGGCCACCAACCCGUGGUGCUCCUCGGGGGCGCUGCUCCCCAACGGCACGCUCCUCCAGACCGGCGGCUUCUCCAACGGCGACCGCGUCGCGCGGCUCUUCUCCCCGGCCACGGGCUGGGUCGAGCUCCCGUCGUUCCUCGCCGCGCGGCGGUGGUACGCCACCGACAUGAUCCUCCCCGACGGCUGCGUGCUCAGUCCAACCUCGAGUACUUCCCGCACGCCGAUGACGUGGCGCCGGCGCCGGCGCUGA